UAUUUAUUAAUUGAAUAAUUUCAUAAUAUCGCAUUUUGUGCACUGCAACAGAAAUGGAUGGAGCAUUGGAAAGAAAAAAGUGCAAUGUUCAUUCAGUAUUUGCGUUUUGCUUUUAUGGCACUUUGAUUGUUUAAACCCGUUCAGCCCAAUUUCGUUUGUGUUCAGGUCCCACAGCUCUCCAAUAGGAGCACUUGCUCGAAAGUGCUUCAUUCACCCGACGACUUUGCAGCGAUGAGUAUCAAAUUCACAGUCAACGGAUUCCCGUACGAGGUGGAGCCCACGGACUUCCCCCCGGACAUCACCCUCAAUGCCUUCCUGCGGGAGCAUCUCCACCUAACUGCCACUAAAUACAUGUGCCUUGAGGGCGGAUGCGGCUCCUGUGUCUGCGUCAUCCGCAGGCGACACCCGGUCACCCAGGAAGUACAAUCCCGAGCAGCGAAUUCCUGCCUUACACUCCUAAACACCUGCGACGAUGCCAAGAUUAUAACGGACGAGGGGCUGGGCAACCAGUUGAGUGGCUACCAUCCGAUCCAGAAGCGUCUGGCGCAGCUGAACGGCACUCAGUGUGGCUACUGCUCCCCGGGAUUCGUGAUGAACAUGUACGGACUGUUGGAGCAGCACCAGGGACAGGUAAGCAUGGCACAGGUGGAGGACGCCUUCGGAGGAAACAUCUGCCGCUGCACAGGCUAUCGCCCCAUUCUGGACGCCAUGAAAUCUUUCGCUGUGGACAGCACCGUGGACGUACCUUCCGAGUGCAUAGACAUCGAGGACUCCUUCGAGCUCCUCUGCUUGAAAACCGGACAAUCUUGUAAGGGCAGCUGUUUGAGGCCUCCCAUGAGGGAUCAAAGUGGCAGCCACUGGUACUGGCCCAAGUCCCUCACGGAGCUCUUCACCGCCUUGGGACAGGUGGGAAGCGGAGAACUGUACAUCCUGGUGGCGGGCAACACGGCUCAUGGAGUCUACAGAAGACCAAGGAAUAUCCGACACUUUAUCGAUGUGAACAAAGUGGCAGAGCUGAAGCAGUACAGCAUCGAAGCGGAUCACUUGCUGUUGGGAGCGAAUCUUUCACUCAACGAUGCCAUGCAGGUGUUCCUGCUGGUCGCCAAGAGGCCCGGAUUCGAAUACUGUGUCCAGUUGUGGCAGCACUUCAACCUGAUUGCCAAUGUGCCAGUCCGAAAUACCUUAUUUUACAAUUUUAAAACAUUUUCAUUACGAUUCGAUUAGAUUAGAUCUUUAUACAUUUUUGUUAUGAUUGUAAUGAAGAAAAGAGUGAUGAGUUUGUUGUCGUAUCUUAGGGAUAAAUCCGCCAAACUGGUUCUAGCUGCAUUUCUCCUUAAGGCAUAUCCCAGAGAUAAAUACCUCUUCAGCUCAUACAAGAUCCUGGCCAGAGCCCAGAAUGUCCACGCCUAUGUGAAUGCGGGUUUCCUGAUCGAAUGGCAGGAUAUAAAGCGCAGUAUUGUGCGAUCAGCCCGAAUUUGCUUUGGAAACAUCCGUCCAGAUUACGUUCAUGAUGACGGACUGGAGCACCUGCUUCCGGGAAGGGAUCUCUACGACCACGCCACCGUUACUCAGAUCUUCCAGCAACUUUCAGCCAGUAUCCAGCCAGAUGAACGACCUCCAGAAGCAUCUCCGGAAUAUCGAAAGAUGCUGGCCUGCUCCCUCUUUUACAAGUUUCUACUCGCUACAUCUCCUAAGGAACGGGUUCUAGGACGAUAUCGCACUGGGGGUUUUCAGCUGGACAGACCGCUUUCUUCGGGAAGUCAGACUUUUGAGACUAUAAGGAAAAACUAUCCAGUUACCCAGCCCGUCCUGAAACUAGAGGGACUCAUCCAAUGUUCUGGAGAGGCCUCGUAUGUGAACGAUAUCCUGACUCCUUCAAGCUCCGUGUACUGUGCUUUUGUAACAGCCAAGCGAGUGGGGGCCAGCAUCGAGUUGAUAGAUCCAAGAUCGGCGCUCCAGUGCAAGGGCGUGUUGGGCUUUUAUGCAGCCAAAGACAUUCCUGGCGUAAAUAGCAUCGUCACCGUCACUAGAGAGACAGAUGUUCAGGGAAAGGGGAUCUUUGAAAUGGGUUCACAGUAUCACUUCUCCAUGGAAACGCAGACAACUAUUGUGAUGCCGGUGGAUAACAUUCUGCAGGUGUACUCUUCCACCCAAUGGAUGGACGGCACUCAGGGAGCCAUUGCUCAUAUGCUGGGGGUCACUGUAAACUCUAUUCAGCUCCAUGUGAGGAGAGUCGGUGGAGGUUACGGAGCCAAGGUCACUCGUGCUAACUUUGCAGCUUGUGCCGCCGCUCUGGUGGCUUCCAAAUUAAACAGACCCGUCAGAUUCGUCCAAACCAUCGAGUCCAUGAUGGAGACACUCGGCAAACGCUGGGCCUGCCGUUCGGACUACGAGUUCCGUGUCCGUGCCAGUGGUUCCAUAAUUCUGCUCACAAACGACUACUAUGAAGAUGCCGGAAGCAGUCUUAACGAGAACGUGGUGGAUUUCCUGACCCUGCCGGCCCUCAGAAAUGUUUACAAUCUUGCCGAAACAAACUUUAGAGUCAAGGGCAGUGCCAUCCUGACCGACGCUCCCAGUUCGACUUGGUGCCGAGCACCAGGAUCAGCGGAAGGCAUUGCCAUGACAGAGAACGCCAUGGAGCAUAUUGCCUUCGAAUGCCAGUUGGAUCCAGCUGAUGUUCGACUUGUUAACCUGCAGCCGGGAAGCAAAAUGGUUCAACUUCUUCCAAGGUUCCUGGCCUCCACAGAGUAUCGGAAACGACGAGACGAGGUUAACCUCUUCAACACCCAGAAUCGGUGGCGUAAACGCGGCCUGGGUCUGUCCAUAAUGAAUUUUCCUCUCAACACAACCAUAGGCUUCACCUACCCAGCCACUGUGGCCAUUUACCACGAAGACGGUUCAGUGGUUAUUUCCCACGGGGCCAUAGAGAUUGGCCAAGGAAUCAACACGAAGGCGGCGCAGGUGGCAGCGUUCUUGCUCGGAGUUCCGUUGGAUAAGGUGCUGGUUGAAGGAAGCAAUACCGUGAAUGGAGCCAACACCAUGAUAACCGCCAACUCAAUGAGCAGUGAGAUGAUUGGGAUUGCCGUGAGAAAAGCUUGCGAAACCCUCAACCAAAGACUGGCUCCGAUAAAGCAGCAACUGGGGCCUCAGGCCACGUGGGUACAGGUGCUCCAAGCUGCUUAUCUACAGUCCAUUUUCUUAAUUGCCACAGAAUCGUAUAAAUUGGGUGAUAUUCCCAAUUACAGCAUCUUUGGUCUAAGUCUCACAGAGGUGGAGCUAGACAUUUUGACGGGAAAUCACUUAAUUCGACGGGUGGACAUCCUGGAGGAUGCUGGCGAAAGCCUGAGCCCAAACAUCGAUGUGGGCCAGGUCGAGGGGGCUUUCGUGAUGGGCCUGGGGUACUAUCUCACUGAACUUCUCAUCUAUGAUCGUCAGACAGGCCAGAUCCUCACAAACCGGACCUGGAACUACCACCCUCCAGGAGCCAAGGACAUUCCCAUUGAUUUCCGCAUCGAGUUGCUUCAAAAGAGUCCUAACCCAGUUGGUUUUAUGCGAUCCAAGGCCACGGGAGAACCUGCUUUGUGUCUGGCAGUGGGAGUCCUUUUCGCUAUCCAACACGCUAUUCAGUCGGCGCGAAAGGACGCAGGACUUCCACGGGAAUGGGUGCGAUUGGGAGCCCCCACCACGCCGGAGACUGUGGUACUCAAUGCUGGCAGCCAGAUACAAACAUUUUCGUUGAACUGAAGAAGCUGCGCAGAAGUCUUAUUUAAUUUAUUUAAAACUAGGUUGAGGUAUCAAGAAUAUUAAAUUAUGGCUGAUAAUAAUACUAAAGGGUAAUAAAAUUGUUACUGCUUCCUUUUUAAAGUAGCAUCGCUUUCAUUGUAUAUCUAUCGUGAGCAAGGAACAUUAGUUAUUUUAGCUUUCCAAAGACUGGAAGAUUUUUUGCAGUGGUCGGUUGAUGUCACUUUUAUCUACUCGAACCCGUUUAGCCUAAUUAACGGAUAAUCAGGUUUCGAGUAGCUUUGGAAUGGACUCCGUUCAAUAGCGCGAAGUGGAGUUGUUACACUCGCCCGUCGACUCCUCAAC